AUGGACUCACAUUACGAGUUCGAGGACAUCAAACCCCUCUGCGCAAUCACCGAGGUUGUCAACAGCAUCGGAAAUGAUUUUCUGAGGCAAACCCUACACCCGGACCCAUGUGCCCAUUGUGCGCUGCCCAUCCACGACAAAUUCCUGUGUCGAAUUCGGGAUACGUCUUACCACGAACACUGCCUGAACUGCUCGAUUUGCCAUCUGCGCCUCUCGGCAUCGUGCUACGAGCGGAAUGGUCAACUCUACUGCCAGCAGCACUAUUUUGAAAGCCAUAGCCCCUACCACUGUCUGCGGUGCAAGCAGGGUAUCGCACCGUACGAUGUUGUCUACAAGGUUACGCCAACGAUGACUUUCCACGCGGAAUGCCAUAAAUGCUCGCGGUGCGGCAAGCAGUUCUCGACCGGGCAGCAAGUUUCGAUUGACGAACCGCAAGGCGAAGUAUACUGUCUUCCCAAUGAAUGCGGGUUCUACACACAAUUGGAAGCGUCUGGAUCCUCGGAUGGCACGCCGAUUUAUGCGGAUGAAGGGUCGCCGCUUCAGAAUUUUCAGGAACCGGGCCCAUCCAACCUGUGCGCCAACCUGAAAAUCGAUGUCGACGAGCCAGUGCUCGAUCCAACGAUGGGCGGACUCCUCGACCCGAUGAGCCUCCCGUUUGUCUUCCCUUACGACCAUCCAGGAUUUGCUUACGUCGACGCAUUCGACGAUGACAACAAGUUUUUGAAACGGCGUGGCCCUAGGACGACGAUCAAACAGAAUCAGCUAGACGUGCUGAACCGUAUCUUCACGACCACACCAAAACCGUCGAAGCACGCAAGGGCAAAGCUCGCCGGCGAGACGGGCCUCUCCAUGCGGGUCAUCCAGGUAUGGUUCCAAAAUCGGCGUAGCAAGGAGCGAAGGCUGAAGCACCUGUGCAACUAUUUAAGGCAUUUCGAACAACGCGGCCUGCCGCCCCCACCCAUGCAUUUUCCCGAUGACCUGGCAUCCGAAGUGGGGAUGGAUCCCUCAACCUCUUCCCUUCAAUCGCUCCACCAUCCCCUUGGUGAACCCCUUCAUCUGCAAAUUCCGAUGUACUCCAUCGAACAAGGCGGCACCCCGAAAAAUAUGCAU